CAGAGCAACGGCGGCCGACUCCAUAAAUUAACAGUCACGACGUCGCCCAAAACAAGAGAUUUUCAGGCUGCCACAGCAAAAAAAGACGGACCCCCGACAUCUCCAUUGGCAACCCGAAUCACAAUCAUGUCAUUACGUGCACUGAAAUCCUCUCGAGAAAUUAUUUCACGUCUUACAUCCGGAGCAGCAGCAAGACAAUUGCCCUCCAAUGUCUCAAAGAUUUCCUUAUCCUAUGCCAUUAAGGGUAAAAACGAAAGCGCAUCUGCAAAACAUUUCUUGCACGAAAGCCUCCCUUGCAUUCAAUAUAACAAUCCCAAUGUCGAAUUUGAGUUGAAAAAGUCGACUGAUCCCUCUAUUAAACCAACGGUUACUGUUCAUUUCGGUGACCGUUCAAAGGUUAUCGAUAUUUCUCGCUUGCAUACGGACCUGAUUUGCGAUCAGUUAUUCGACGCAAAACCAUAGAAAGUGUAAAUUUGUUGAUGUCAAAUCUCUGUCCAUAGAAUUCCAACCGCUUAAAAAAAUCAAAUCAUUC